UACAUAAAUAUGGGUGAAAAAUUCAUCAAUGGAAAGAAAACUAUUUUUUAUUCUCCAUUUCCCCCAAUUAAACAACAAAAUCAAAAGACUAAUUUAGCCUUACAAAAAAUAAAUAAUUCAAAACAAACCUACAAAAAACACGUUUUAAAAUCUAAUAUUUUUUCUCAAUCUCCAACAUCUUCUAAUGGACGUUGGCCAAAUUUACUGAAUAAUAAAAGAAAUGAUGGACCUCCCCCUAUAAGAUUGUCUGAUUCAAAUCCAACUCCUAAACAAUUAGAAUGGCAAAAACAAAGACGUGUCCAAACCCGACAGUCUGCCAUGAAUUACGGUGGUAGCUUAGGAGGACCAAAAAUUGUACAAAAACAUGCUGAAAUGCGUGCCUAUUUAUUGCAUUGUCAAAGGGUGCUAACAGCUCGUUCCAGAUUGGACACCGGCAGAUGCCGUCAACAAUCUAUUGGGCAUUCAAUAACCUCUUCUUCAAUAACAACAUCCCCGUCAAUGGAUGGAAGUUGGCCCACAACAAUUGAAGGAUUAACUGUGGGAAUUAAAGGAAUGAGGGCUAGUUCAGUUCCUACAAAAAGGCGAAUAAUGACGGAUGCUGAAAAACAACUUAGAGAUGAAAAUAAAAGGCUUUUAGAGCGUCUAGUCCAAAUAAGUACUCGCUCAACAUCUUCAAAACCAAAACUAAAUGGAUUAACAAAAGAGAACGAAAGAAUUAAAAGAACACUUUCAGCAUCUUUAAAAAAUUCUAGAAUAAAAGAAAAUGACGAAAGAAAAAUGUCUGAUAAUUCUAUUAUUUUUCAAAUUAACCAAAUUAAAAACACAACUAAAUAA